GCCGCCAGCCGCUCAGCUGGUCGUACAGUCUCUCUAGAUAUGGGAGCUUGACUUCUAUACCGCCAGUUGGUGACAAACUUUAGUCAGCGACAGGCAUAUCCCUUCCUUGGACGCGUUGUUCUCAACCACUGACACUACUCUGCACUGCAUCAGUGUCUUCAACAUGCCGGUGCUGCAGAACCCAACACCUCCAGCAGCCGAUCCUGAGAAACGCAAACUGAUCCAGCAACAGCUGGUUCUUCUGCUCCACGCUCACAAAUGCAGGCGACAAGGACAGCCUUGUGAAUUGCCACAUUGUGAUGUCAUGCGAGGCGUGCUACAACACAUAGAAGUCUGUCAAGCUGGGGAAUCGUGCACAGCACCUCAUUGCUCGUCGUCCAGGCAAAUCAUCAGCCAUUUUCAUCAUUGCUCGAGGCAUGACUGUCCUGUGUGCUCGCCGUUGAAAACGAUCGGAUGAAACCAAACGAGCCCUGUUUUAAGCUGCUUGGGUUUACCCUACUGCUUUCCUCAACCAAAAGGUCCCUCUUACCCAGUGCAUAAAUCUGUUUCAGUGAUUACAUUUGGACAGUAAACUACAAUUUGAAUGAAAACUCUACAA